AUGGGCCUCCUCGAUCUUCCACCAGAAAUUCUGGACCUGAUAAUUGACCGCACCGCACCUGAUGGUCUUGAAAGCUUCGUACUAUCAUGCAAGACUGUGUACGGGCGGGCCGCGUCGCAAAUUCGACAGCACAAUGACCUGCGGAGGGCCUGGAGACACACGACUAACAUGAGGCGGACUCGUCGCGGCGACACACUGUCCAUCUUACACGAUAUCUCCCGCGACCCCACCAUUGCUGAGUAUAUUGAAACUCUUUCCCUCUGGGAUCGCCGCGAAGAUGAUGAGAUACAGGACGAUACCGAUGCGCCCAGUUUCCGCGAAGAUGAGCAAGCCAUGCAAAAUAUCAAAGACCUGCUGGGACAUGCCGAGUAUUACGCCGAUGCCGACGAGGAGGAUUGGUGGAGCCACAUCCUGGAAGAAGACCGCGCAGGUGACCAAUUGAACAUGGACAAACUAUAUGCGACUGUCGCUUUGUUGAGUCUUCUGCCCAAUCUCAAGACGCUGCAACUGCCUGAUAGGUGGCAUGAGGUCCGCGAAGGCGAGGGCGCUGAAGCUUUGGUUCCUAAUGUGCAGUCACUCGUCGCCAUGUCCAAUAAGAAUGGGCACCGACAAAAGCCCUUGGCUCGACUAGAAACACUCUUGCCGUUCGUGGAGGAAGGUUACGAUAUCAGAGUUGGCUUGCAAUGUAUCGCGCCGUUCAUGGCACUGAAGAGCAUCAGGAACAUUUACGCUGUUAGUUGCGUGGCCGUCGACGAGGAUUGGGGAGGCGUGCCUUUCACUUGGAUGAACCCAAAUACUAAGUCACCGCUGACUCGCGUUGAGUUCGCGUAUUGUUGUAUGGAUGCUACCGGUCUUUCGGCUUUUCUAGAAAACACCCCAGCUCUCGAGGUCUUCAAAUACUCCCACCAGACAAAAUGGGACGGUCUCGAACACGACUGGAAUGCUGGCGAAAUGCUAGAAGCGCUGGCGAACUAUAAUAGCGAUACCAUUGUCGAACUCGCCAUCACCAUUGAUGAGCUACAUGGCGAGAUUGUGAACGGUCUUUCCUCAUUUCUGCGUUUUACGAAGCUCCGGAAGCUGGAAGUCGAUGUUGAAUGCUUCUGUGGACCACCUUUAGAGAGCGGACAGCGACAGGGCCGUGAUGCGCAUGUUCCGCAGGGUUCAAGGGCGUGGAGACAUGUCGACAUUCCGUGCAUGGGCGAUAUGCUUCCGGAUAGCAUGGAGGAGUUGCAUGUCAACACGAACUUCCCACAACCAUCUGAAGAAUCCUUGAAGGCUCUGUUCAAGAAUAUCGUGGUGCGACGCAAGGACAAGCUACUCAACUUGCGAACGGCUAUCAUUCGACAAUACGGGUCAUCAAGUGCAAGCCACGUCGCCGAGGGCCAUGAUGUCAUAUUGGAGGUGUUUGGAUUCGACGGCGAGAAUCCCUUGCCGAGAUCCAUGAUGCCGCUGUGGAAGAGAGAGUUCAACAGCCGAGUCGGCGGGAUUGUGUUCGCGGAUGGCUAG